AAAAAGAAAGAAGAGAAAAUAGAAAAAGGUUGGGACAUUCUUCAGUCGGCAAAAUGAGAGAACAAUUCCAAUAUGAAUUCUCUCAAUCUCUCUUAAAAAAAAACAACGAAUAUGACCGACAAUUAUUUAAUUCAUAUCCAAAAUAUUGCAUCCCCUGUUUUAAUCAGUCAAAAGAAACUUCAAAUAUUCAAAAUUUAAAAAAAAAAAAAAAAGAAAAAUUGUUUAGUCCCCAUCUCCAAAAAAUCUUUUUUUUUUUUUUUCUUUCGUUCUUUUGGAUUAUUGAUUUAAGGUUAUUACUAAUCAUUCCAAAAAUCUCAAAUCCUAAUUCUUAAAAACAGAGACUUCCACUGUUCGUAUUUCGGCUCCCUUCCUGUUUUUAAAAAUCCCCAAUUUUUCCACUUUCUCUUUAAAAUCUCCGAUUCAAAUUCAAAUUCUUUUAUUUAUAAAAAAAAAAAAAAAAAAAAAAAAAAGAACCCUCUGUUUUUCCCCCCUUUUUCUUUCUUAGGUUUUCGAUUUUAAGGGAAGAAUUUGUAUGUGCUCCUUGAAGGUGGCGAAUCGGCGAGGAAUUGGAAGUGACUUGGCACAAUUUCCAAGUGGCGGCGCCGGAGAUGGAGACGGUGACACUGGUGGCGGCGGAAGCAGCAGCAGCGACGACCCUCAUAGAUUAUUAUAUGGUCAACGUGAUGACGGCGACUAUACCUCUGGCGUUGGAGAAUUUUCCACAAUUGUGUCUACGUUAACUAACGUAAUGUCUGGGCAGGCGGCUCCCGAUUGGAGCUACGGCGGGGGGCAGGGUUUUGUUUCUUCCUCUUCAUCGGCAUCGGGUUCGGAACGGAGGUAUGUUCCGGGGAUGAGUUACUGGGUUGGGCAAAAACGAAUGCGUGAAGAAGAAAUUAGUGUUGAAACACAGCAUGAUUUUGAUUCUGUUUCGAGAGGUUUUAGUUUUAGGGGUUUUGAAGAUCAUUUUUCUCAUUCUCAACAAGGACAAUCUUCCAAUGCUCCAGUCAAAGAAGAAGUUCCACCUCCACCGCACACCGCGGUUUCAAAUCCCGCCGCCGCCUUUGCACCCUCGUCGUUGACAUCCAACGACGCGGUAGUUAUCGGCGAGAGAAGACGACGAUACAGAGGAGUACGACAACGUCCGUGGGGGAAAUGGGCGGCGGAGAUUCGCGACCCACAUAAGGCGGCGAGAGUUUGGCUCGGCACUUUCGACACGGCAGAGGCCGCCGCCCGAGCCUACGACGAAGCAGCCCUCAGAUUCAGAGGAAAUAGAGCAAAACUAAAUUUCCCUGAAAAUGUCAGAUUAAUUCAUCCGCCGCAACCGGCCGCCGUUCCUUCCGCCGCGCUGCCCCAAAUUGCUCCGCAGCCGACAGCGGCGUUUCAGAGCCAAAAUUACCGAGAUUACAUUGAAUAUUCCAAUUUGCUUCAGAACUCCGGCGAUAUUCUCCGGCAGCCUUCGAGUUUACUGCAACAAAUGUUCUAUAAUGCGCAGUUGCCUCCAUUUGAAUCCUCGUCGUCGCCUGCUCCGGCACCGUCAAUGUCCUCUGUUUCGAAUUCUGUUUUUUUCAAUCCGACGCUGCAACAGCAGCAAAUGGGGAUUUUCCGACCGUCGCCGCAUAAUCAAAAUCAGGGUGGCUCCGAUUACUUUCCGGCUACGUCAUGGGAUGAUUCCGGCGGCCAAUAUCCUUCUUCGUCGUCCGGUUGAUUAUACAUUUUUUUUUUCCCAUUUUCAUUAGUAAAAUAAAAGCAUUUUUAUUUUUGUUUUUUUUGCUCGAGAGUUUGUCCAUCCAUUUUUCAGUUCUUAGAGAGAUGAUAGUUUUUCUUUUUCAUUUUUUCCCUACAAAAAUUAAAUUUCUUUAUUCUAAGUUUUGCA